AUGUCCUAUACAUACAGAGAAAGAGACCGCGAAUGGGAUGAGUACUCGCGGCCUUCUGAUCAUCGCAACUCCUACACAGUGAAGCGUUACGUGAUUCCUUCCGAGGAUAGUCGUGACCGUGAGCGUGACUUCUUUCGUCGCGAUGAUUCCGGCAUUGGUGAACGGGAAUUAGUGAUCCGCCGUAGAACAGAGCCUCAUGAGUCCGAUUAUGAGGUCCGCCGCGAGUAUCGGGAUUAUGAACCGCGCGGUAUUUAUGAACCUGACUACCAAGUUGUUCACCGUUCCGAGGCCGUUGACCGGGAUCCUCGAGAUGUCGAAUAUUACUAUCAAAGACGUGUCCGCGAGUAUGAUGACGACCGCAUGAGACGUGAGAUCAGCCCCCACGACUCUAUUUCUCAAGUCAGCACGCGAAGGCACCGUGAUCGAGAACGGGACCGCGACUAUAGCAGCGACGACAGCAUGGUCUAUAUUCGCAAGGAAACCCGCGAGUACGAUGACGAAGUUCCUCAUCACAGACGCCAUGUGGCUGAGGGGGCACUUAUCGGCGUAGGAGCUGCAGAACUUCUCCGACACCGUAGCAAGAGCCAAGGCCGUCAGGUCUCAGGCGGUGUUGGUCGCGUUGGUAGAGAUGUUGGUGCUGCUGCCUUAGGUGCUGUUGCUGCUAAUGCUAUUGACCAUUAUCGUAGCAAGAGUCGUCGACGAUCGUCGUCACUAGAAGACGACGGCGGGUCACGCCAUCACCACCGCCACCACCGUCGCAGUCGCAGUCGCUCAUCAUCUCAUUCCAGAGCGAAGACUCUUGCUGGUAUCGGCCUUGGUGCUGCAGCCAUUGCAGGCGCUGUUGCUUUAGCUCGAAAUAGCUCACAGGGCAAUAACGAUAGAAGGAGUCGUUCGCGUCAUCGACGACGGUCACAGUCUCGCGGUGCGGAUGCACGAAGCUCAUCGAAAAGCCGAAAUUCACAUAUGGCUGCUGCGGGAGUUGCAGGUGCUGCUGCGGCAGGCCUUAUUGAAAGAGCUCGCAGUAAAUCUCGCCAUAGGUCUCAAAGUCGCCUUAGACAGAGUCUCCCUAUCGUUGCAGCGGGACUAGGAAGCGCAGCUGCCGCUGGGAUUUAUGAAAACUACAAAGCUAAACGAGAGCAGAGUAAUAAAGGCGAGAGACGUCGCUCCCGCUCCGUAAGCCGCAGUCGCAGUCGAGGUCCCAUCUUGCCAGAUCCAGCAAAGGAAUCAGCAGGCCUUAUAGAAUACGGGCAUGACCCUAUUCCCUCGGCAGACUACUACGGCCGCCCUGCCAGUCAACAAGAAUAUUACAAUGGCGCCGUGAUUCCUUCCGAUAGAGAGGCUCGAAACCGCACUCGAAGCCGCGGAUAUAGUACGUCUAGCUCGGGAUCUGAUCGAAGUCAUCGUCGCCGACACCGUCGACGCGGGAAGAAAGAGCGAAGCGGUAGCCGAAUUCGUGAUCUGGCAGAAGCUGGUCUCGCAGCAGCUGGUUUAGGUUAUGCUGCAUCGAAGGUCUCCAACAAUAUGAAAGACAAAAAGGAUCGAGACCGUCGCAGCCGUGAACGGGAAAGUCGACGCCAUGAUGAUGACAGAGAUACCGAUUCUUACGAGGAGCCGUACGAUCCAGCCCCAUACACGCCGACACCACCUCCAGCAGGUCCAGUGCCGGCUUCUGGAAAUUAUUACCCGUACACGAAUAGCUUCCCUCCCCCACCAGGAACUUCACCCAAUCCUCCUCCUGCAUCGUACAAUCAGACAGACUAUCCCUCGGCUUCUGGAGCGGUUCCUCCACCGGCCCAUGGAUACCCGCCUCCACCUGCAGCGCCCCCUGGCAAUGAACCAUACGCCCCCCAACCGCGUAGAGUUGAUGAUAUUGUGAGUGCCCCUUUUCUUGAAGAUUCUCACGAAGCAGAUGGUAUAAGAGGACUAUCGACACUAGAUUUGUCCCAUGAUGGUCACGAAAGAGACUCGAGAAGUCGAUCUGCCAGUCAACCUGAACCGUUGUCGCAGUCAAAGUCGGUUUCGUUUGACCUUGGGGACAAUGCCAAAGCCGAUAGAAAUAAUAAUCAAUCACACACUGCCGACGGAGGAGGAUAUGAGACAGACGACAGUGACUCCACAAUCGAUGGCUACGAUCGGGGCCGUCACCAUCAUUAUCACCAUCUUAGCCAUCGUAAUCCAACUUCCAAAUCUACAUAUAUCACUUCGAAGGCUUCUGACUCUGAAUCUACGGUUGACUUGCCCGAUCGAUUCGAUGCUCGAGGACAAAAGCUACCAGAACGGGGAGACGAUCCACUUGCCAAUACUGUUGAGAACCUUUUGCACAGCGUGUUUUCUGGGCGAUCUCAAGAUCGUGCUACGAGCAGGGUUUGA